AAGUUUUCCAAAAAAUUGAAGGAAAUUAGGGGAAUAUUGUUGUGGCUGAGAUUGCUUCUGGCUUUCUUAUUCUAGUCUCCUUCAGCCUAAAACAGUCUUCCUUCUUCUUCAGUUAUCUUCUUCUGCUUUCUUCCUUCUUCUCUAUCUUUUCCCAGCACUGUUUUAAAAAGAAAUUUACCUAUUUUCCGAUUUGAUUGUUUCCGGGAACGAUGACUUCUCCGGCAAGUCACCGGUGAGAUGAUCUAGUUUCUAUUUCAGAUUGCCAUACGUUGUUCCUCGAUGACCACUCUCAAGGGUUUUGGCUGCGAUGGCUUCGUUUGGGUGAGGCUUCUGAUAAAAAGGGAAUCCUUUUGAGUUCUGCUGGAGAAGCGACUCUGUUUCACGUUGCUCUAGAAUCUAAAGCGGUCUUUUCAAUUAGAAUCACAACGGCUUUGCAAUUUGGAAGCAUUGAUGUUUUGGGAGAUGAAAGAUGUUUUCUUUAUUAUAUUAGAGAGGAUUUAAAGCAGCGAAAAGCUGCAGAGAUCCGGCUAUGGAUACAAAUACAUCUGGAGAAGAAUUAUUAACUAAGGCAAGAAAGCCAUAUACAAUAACAAAGCAGCGAGAACGAUGGACAGAGGAUGAGCAUGAUAGGUUUCUAGAAGCCUUGAGGCUUUAUGGAAGAGCUUGGCAACGAAUAGAAGAACAUAUUGGGACAAAGACUGCUGUUCAGAUCAGAAGUCAUGCACAAAAGUUCUUCUCAAAGUUGGAGAAAGAGGCUGAAGCUAAAGGCAUUCCCGUUUGUCAAGCUCUGGACAUAGAAAUUCCACCUCCUCGUCCUAAACGAAAACCCAAUACUCCUUAUCCUCGCAAACCUGGGAACAACGCUGCAUCUUCCUCACAAGUACCAUCAGCUAAACUUGUGUCCUCGGCCUCGCCUUCACAUUGUAAUCAGGUGUUGCUGGACUUGGAAAAACUGCCAUUUGCCGAGAAAACGUCAUCUGGAAAAGAAAAUCAAGAUGACAACUGUUCAGGGGUUUCUACUGUGAACAAGUAUCCCUUACCAAAGAAAGUAACUCCAGGAAACCGAAACACAUCCAUGGAUUCUGAACCGUCGCUUAGAAAGGCAAGUGCCGAUAAUGGAAAAAGUAAGACCUCAAAUGUGGACAACAUGGUUCAAGAUGCUCCCGAGAAGAACAAAGACAAAGGUGGUGACGGUAUGAACAGCGCGCAGAGCUACCACCACCCUUGGCAUUUCCACGCGGAUGUUGUAAACGGGAAUAUGGCAAAAUGCCCUCAGUUUCAUCCCCCAGGUAUGGUAUCUCAAGACUUCAUGUUUCGUCCUAUGGGAGAUCGAGUUCACGUGAAUCUUCCUGCUACAACAACAUCAUUUGCUACUACAACUUCUCAACAACAAGUGUUUCCAGCGUGCCAUUCCCAGGAUGAUUACCGCUCGUUUCUCCAGAUCUCUUCUACUUUCUCCAAUCUUAUUGUCUCAACUCUCCUACAGAAUCCUGCGGCACAUGCUGCUGCCACAUUUGCUGCUUCGGUCUGGCCCUAUAAUGCGAAUGUCGGGAACUCUGGAGAUUCAUCGACGCAAAUGAGCUCUUCUCCUCCGAGUAUGGCCGCCAUUGCUGCUGCUACAGUGGCUGCUGCAACUGCUUGGUGGGCUUCUCAUGGACUUCUUCCUGUAUGUGCUCCUACUCCGAUCACAUGCCUUCCCUUACCAACUGUUGCAGUUCCGAGUCCAGCGACGGAUACCGUUGAAAAUGCUCAACUACCGCUUGAGAAACAAAACACGGCUCUCCAAGAUAAGAACUUGGCUUCAAAAUCUCCAGCUUCAUCAUCCGACGAUUCAGAAGAGACUGGGAUAACCAAGCUUAAUGGUGACUCGAAAACGAACGGUGAUACGGAGGAAGUUGUUGUUGCUGAUGCUGCUGCUUUGCAUGAUUCAAACGUUGCCCAGAAGAAAAAGCUGGUGGACCGCUCAUCGUGUGGCUCAAACACACCUUCAGGGAGUGACGCGGAAACAGACGCAUUGGAUAAGAUGGAGAAAGAUAAAGAGGAUGUGAGGGAGGCUGAUGCAAAUCAGCCAGGUUUUAUUGACUUGUGUAACCGCCGGAGUAAAAUCAGAGAAAGCAACAACCCAACUACUGAUUCAUGGAAGGAAGUCUCCGAAGGGGGUCGUAUAGCGUUUCAGGCGCUCUUUGCAAGAGAGAGAUUGCCUCAAAGCUUUUCACCUCCUCAAGUGGCGGAGAAUGUGAACGGCAAACAAAGCGACACGUCAAUGACAUUGGCUCCCAAUUUCAUCCAGAUCCAAGAUUCUUGUGAUGCAGACCAAGAAAGUGUCGUAAUGACCACCGGUGUUGGACAGGGCAAGAGCCUGAAAACGAGACAAACAGGGUUUAAGCCAUACAAGAGAUGUUCGAUGGAAGUGAAAGAGAGCCAAGUUGGGAGCACAAACAAUCAAAGUGAUGAAAAAGUCUGCAAGAGGCUUCGAUUGGAAGGAGAAGCUUCAACAUAAACAGACUCUGAGGUAAAAUAAAAGUCCACAUUUUUACCGAUAUCUUAAAAUCUAGUGUUAGUAAAUUGCUUCUUCAAUCUUUAUGAAAGAGACUUUUUUUUUAUUUUCUUUCCUUUUUUAGAUCCAUCUGAACAUUUCUUUGGUCAUGUUAAUUCCUGUACCAUAUUACUCCAUCUCCACGUCUUGUCUAUUGUCUCUGUUUGUGUCUGCUACUUGUGGUCUAUAUGUCUGAUGCUGUUACUGUUAAUUAACCAUUUAAGCAAUGGAUUUAUGUCUUUACUCUUUUUUUUCUUUUUUUUUUUGAAUUCUGUAUAUUUUGUGAGAUCAUAAUUAGUUUAGAAUGAUAAAAUGAAUUGUACAAAAGUUUCAACGUUGAAUGUCUUUUUUUGGUCCUUCAACUUUGAUUACUUUCAAUGUUUAAACUUGAAGGUGGCCAUUGCCAAAGGUCUUCGGCUGGGCUUGAAAUUUCUUCACUACUGGGCCCAUACACAUAACAUUUCAUAUUACAAGCUCAAUUCAUGGGCCUACGGCCCAUUUACGAGGCUAAUCCCGUUUUGUGUAGUGUUUAACUUUUACUUGUAGUGUAAUCUGUUAAUUACAAAUUCAGAUUUUACAGUAUUUAAUUUGUGUUAUUGAUGAAUAAUAGUACUAAUUGGUUGAGAAAUUGGCACCAAUGAUAAA